AUGGAGGCCCAUCAGGAGUCUUCUGUGUUCCUGGUGAACAUCUUGGAGGAACUGGAUACUCAACAGAACUCCGUUUCCUAUCAGGAUCUUUGCAAAUCACUAUGUGCUCGAUUUGACUUGUCCCAGCUGGCCAAAUUAAGGAGUGUGCUUUUCUAUACAGCCUGCCUGGAUCCCAAUUUCCCAGCCACUUUGUUCAAAGACAAAAUGAGAUGCAAUGUCAACAAUCAGCAGUCAAAGAAGAUCAUGGUCGCAGCUGAUAUUGUGACGAUCUUCAACCUCAUACAGAUGAAUGGGGGCAUGGCUAAGGAGAAGCUGCCCACCACCCGAGAGAAAGUGAGAAAAAAAGAGUCGCUGGACUCCUGCCGAUCAGACAAUGAGGUGUGUAAUAUGGUGGACUGUGUGGUUCACUGUGAAUUGCAAGAUGGAGAAUUCAGCAGGGGUUAUUCCAGCAAGAGGGCAUCCAAAUGUAGAAAGGGGGAUUGCAAAGACUGUCCUCCAUUUGUACCCACUUCAGAGAUGAAUAUUCUGCUGGGGGUAAAUAAAGAUGUCAAAGGCCAAACAGCUUCUCUUGAUCGGUUGCAAGCAUUGGCAACUUACACCAUUGCCAAUUCCCCCCCCUGUGAAAUGCAGAGUACUUAUUUCCCCAUGAACAUUGAAACUGACUCCAUUUCAGACCAGGAAUCACUGCCUCCCAGUUCAAGCAUUAAGGAAUCAUUCAUUCCAAGCGACGAGACCUUUUUGAUGCAGUCAUGCAUACAGAAGCGCAACAUCUUCAAGGAAGAUUUCCAUAACCUCAUCACCAUUUCGCCCAGCUUGAUGUCACCGCCAGGCAAAGUGGAUGAUAAGCUUGGGGAACCCACAAGCCAAAAGGAGACCUCCAAGCAGACAUUCUUCAACCACAGUUUUGAAAUACCUUACAGUAACCAGUAUUUGAACCCAAUUUAUUCUCCUGUUCCGGAGAAGAGACGAGCCAAGCAUGAAAGCUUAGAUGAUCUCCAAGCUUCUACAUAUUUUGGCCCAACAACUAUUCUUGGGCCUCAAGAAACAAAACGAUGGUUGGGAAAGCCAAGCAAAUCAACUCCAUGGCCAGUCAAGAGUUGGAGUUUGAACACAGAGGAAGUACCUGAUUUUGAAAGAUCCUUUUUUAACAGGAAACAGCCAGAAGAAAAGAUGCAAUAUCAAAGCUCAAAGAGCCAGCCAGGCAAUUUUUCUGCUUCUGAGAGGCAUCAACAAUAUCUCAGCUCUCAAGAACAGCAAUCCAUGAUGCAGCCCAAUUACGGGAUCAAAUCAAAUGGGCAUAAAUCCAAAGACAUCCCCUCCAUCUUAGAAGUGGACAAGCGUGACCCCAUCAAAAAAUUUAAAGACAAAAGUAUUAAUUGCACUGCUGUUCAGCUUCAGAGCAUCGAUAAAACCAGUAGUGUUGGGACACAGACAGAUCGCCAAGGACUGGAACACAAAAAAUUCAAGGAGAUGGCCCACCCAAACCAAAGUAAGUAUGGCGAGAGACACUCCUUGAAGCAAUCAGAUGAUGACUCUGAAAUUGUCAGUGAUGACAUUAGUGAUAUUUUCAGAUUUCUGGAUGAUAUGAGUGUCUCUGGGUCUACAGGAGUGAUCCAAUCUUCUUGUUAUAACAGCACUGGCUCACUUUCUCAGAUCCACAAAUCUGACUGUGAAAGCUCCCCUGAACACCAUUUAGCUAAAAUUUCCAAUGGAAAUGCUGGCAGCAACCUAGACAAAGCAUCUCGGUUGGAGAUCAGCAGCACCGAUGACGAGCUGAAAACCAGCGUUUGCAAGCUAGUCCUCAGGAUUGGGGAAAUUGAAAAGAAGCUGGAAUCCCUCUCUGGUGUCAGGGAUGAAAUUUCUCAGGUCCUGGGGAAGCUGAACAAAUUGGACCAAAAGAUCCAGCAGCCAGAGAGUGUGAGUGUCCAGCUUGAUCUUAAUUCCUUGACCAGUGAGAUUCCAUCAGAAGACAGCACCUCCCCCAGGAUUUUUUCAUGCCACAAUUCGUCACAUGGGGGGAAACUGGAGAAUAACCCAGACUGGUGCUGCUCUGAUGCCAGCGGCAGUAAUAGCGAAAGCCUUCGCAUCAAAGCCUUGAAAAAGAGCUUAUUCACUAGGAGAUCCUCAAGAUCUUUAACCGAGGAAAACAGUGCCACCGAAUCUAAGAUUGCAAGUAUUUCCAACUCUCCUAGAGACUGGCGUGCAAUCACCUAUACCAACCAAGCUGGCAUCACAGAGGAAGAAAUGAAAGACCGAAGUGGGAAUGAAAACAAGGACUGGCACCGGAAAUCCAAAGAGGCCAAUCGGCAGUACGAAAUCCCUCAGCCAUACCACCAUUCCAAACCACCCAAAGACGGUUUCCUGAUAGAGCAAGUCUUUAGCCCUCACCCUUAUCCAGCGUCACUCAAAUCCCAUAUGAAGACCAACCCUCUUUACACAGACAUGCGCUUGACAGAGCUGGCUGAAGUGAAACGAGUCCAGCCUUCGUGGACUGUUGAGGAAUACACAAGGAAUUCGGGAGAGAAAGGGAAGCUGGCUUCUUUAGACCUACAGACUCAAGAAUCUUUGAAUCCCAACAACUUAGAAUACUGGAUGGAGGAUAUCUAUACACCAGGAUAUGAUUCGUUAAUAAAGCGUAAGGAGGCUGAAUUCCGAAGAGUGAAAGUUUGCAAAAUAUCUGCUCUAAUUGCAGCAGCUGCCUGUACAGUUAUUUUGGUCAUUGUGGUUCCAAUAUGUACUAUGAAAUCGUGA